AUGCAGAUUGAUCAAAGUCCAUCACACGAAACAAUGAAUGAUGGCUCAACGAGUAAUAAUGGUACACCUAAGAACGAUACUUCUGGUCAAUCAGCGUCCUUCAAAAUGCCCCGUGCUCCACCUCAUGUCUAUUCGUGUUUUGUUGUUAAUCGAACCGCACAACCUAUUGAGUGUACUCUAAAAUAUAAUGGUCGUCCAGGAGAACAAAAAUUUGAUCAAACGGUCAGUGUAACUAUUCCUGCCAACUCGGAACACUAUUUUCCUCGGCAAUUUUUUCAACCUAAUCUACCUGAAUCAUAUUGUAAAUGGGUCAAAAUUGUUACAUACGUGAAAGUGAAAAAGUCGAAUGGGAAAAUAUUGGAAGUUAAAUAUCCAUUCGAACAUGUUCAAUAUCCCAUUCGAAAUUGGGAGUUUCAUGUUAAAGACAAUGGUGGAAUCCUGUCAAAACCUCCGACUCGUAUAGUUAACGUACUCAAAUACGAAAAUCUUGAUCAGUAUGAAUGUUAA